UUGAGGCUGGAAUUCAUUGCAGGCUCAUCACAGGAUUGCUAACAGCUGUUUGUGCUGGUUUUAAAAUCCUGUCACAGAAGUUCAGGAUUCAUCCAUGAAGGUGAAAAUUUCCUCUGCUAGAGCUACCUGAGGGAGACAGCCCUGGCUGGGAGAAAGGUGGACAGACAUGACAUGAAUACCCUGAGUUUACCGCUUAGCAUUCGCCGUGGAGGCUCUGACACCAACCUGAACUUUGAUGUACCAGAUGGCAUCCUGGAGUUUCACAAAGUCAAACUCAGUGCAGAUAGCUUGAAACAGAAAAUCCUCAAGGUUACAGAACAAAUCAAAGUUGAACAAACAGCUCGUGACGGAAAUGUCGCUGAGUAUUUGAAACUGGUAAACAGUGCAGACAAGCAACAAGCUGGACGCAUUAAACAAGUCUUUGAGAAAAAGAACCAGAAAUCUGCCCACUCCAUUGCUCAGCUACAGAAGAAAUUGGAACAGUAUCACAAAAAGCUCAAGGAUAUUGAGCAAAACGGAUCUUCCAAAAGUACUAAGGAAACCUCCAAAGAUAAUUUGAAAGAUAUUCAGCAUGGAAAGUCUCGAACCUCUGGGCAUGGAGCAGAGAGCAGCAAGUCGGGUGUGCCAGGUGUAUCCUUGACACCACCUGUCUUUGUUUUCAGCAAGUCUAGAGAAUUUGCAAACCUGAUCCGAAACAAAUUCGGUAGUGCAGACAACAUUGCUCAUCUCAAGAACACCUUGGAUGAAUUUCAGCCAGAAACGAGUUCAAGAACGUAUGGGGGCAGUGCCACCAUUGUUGCCAAACCAAAAUAUGUUAGUGAUGAUGAAUGCUCCAGUGGGACUUCUGGCUCAGCAGAUAGUAAUGGGAAUACGUCCUUUGGUCCUGCUGUUGCAAGUACCCUGGACAGCCAGGGAAAGCUUUCCGUGAUUUUGGAGGAACUAAGGGAAAUCAAGGAGACACAGUCCCAGUUAGCUGACGAUAUUGAGAAUUUAAAAGCACAAUUUAAAAGAGACUAUGGCUUUAUUUCUCAGAUGUUACAAGAGGAAAGAUAUAGAUACGAAAGAUUGGAAGACCAGUUAAAUGACCUCACUGAUCUUCAUCAACAUGAGACAACAAACUUGAAACAAGAGCUAGCCAGCAUAGAGGAGAAAGUGGCAUAUCAGGCAUAUGAGCGAUCACGCGAUGUUCAGGAAGCCUUGGAAUCAUGCCAGACCCGGGUUUCAAAGCUGGAGCUCCAUCAGCAGGAACAGCAAGCACAGCAGUCUGAAACAGUUAAUGCCAAAGUGCUCCUGGGGAAAUGUAUAAAUGUUAUCCUGGCCUUCAUGACUGUCAUCUUAGUGUGCGUUUCCACUAUUGCAAAGUUCAUUGCUCCUAUGAUGAAGAGCCGUUUUCAUAUCAUUUGCACUUUUUUUGCAGUGACACUGCUGGCAAUAUUUUGUAAAAACUGGGAUCAUAUUAUUUGUGCCAUAGAAAGGAUGAUUAUACCCAGAUGAAGCAGCUGGUCUGGCUGCUUUCUUUUUCUCUUUUUUUUUUUUUCUUCUUUUUUCCUUCCCCUCCUUGUUUUUUAAGUGCUGUAUGUAUACGUAAUAUUUUUUGUCAGUUUAAAUGUGCGGACUGGAUGGAGAAGGCUGCAAAGACUCUUGAACUUUAAGGUGUAAAUACAAAAAUGCGUAUGUGUUGGCAGUCAGUCGCCUCUUCAAUCAGAUUGGGUCUAGAUGGUUAUGUCUGUGAUGAACUGCUCACUUAUGUCAGUCUUCUGCCUUAAUCCAAUGGGUUUUCCACUUUACAAACCCAGACCCACACAGAUGGCGUGAUGCUUUGGGAGGGAUCCAAGCAACCGCAGAUGUCAGGUGUACUUUUUACAAGACUGGAUUGCGAAGAGUGUGAUCAGGAGCACGUGCACUACGAUGUGUAUCAGCCCUGUUAGACUAAAAAGUUAUUUUCUCGCUGAAUCCAGUUAGAACGAUUAAGCCAAAUUAUACAAUCAUAUGUAUCAAUUGUUCUUGAUUCUAAAUUAAUGGGUAUGUGUAUAUGGGGUUUCUAGUUUUCAGGACCAGCAGUAUUUGAUGCUUCUGCUAGUAACCCCUUGCACAGAGAGUUUAUUGUUUGUAAAUUGUGAUGACUGUUGACCAGGCUUAGCAGUUGUUUUAUGCUGGCACUGUUCCUUAUCACACUCAGGAAACACAUAAAAGUGGCAUAAGGCUUCCAAAGAUGAACUGAAUUGAAUUACAAGAUCUCCAGGCUGCUUUGUAAAGGAGUAAUUGGUGGAUAUGUUGUCAUGCAGAGGAAAGUACUCACUUGCUUCAAACCCUGCAACCUGCAAGUGGAAAGGAGUACACAGAAAGGCAAAAUUUAGGUUAGCCUUUGUUAGCACUGAAUUGUUGGGGUGCUCCAGCUGAAUGCAAAGCAGAUAGGUGGUGGGACUCUGGUACAGUGGAUUUCUUUUGUGUCAGGCUAAGGAAUGUGGAAGCAGCAUGAGGGAACAGGUCCUUACGGGAGCAAGGAGUUAAACUUCUGUAAAUACACCAACACUGUGCAGACUCUCUUGUCAAACAUUCCUGGAUAUAAUGUAUUAGCAUACAGUACCACUACUAAGAGACAGGGUUGGUUUUGUUUUCUUACUGGAAUUAAUUUUGUUUGCUUUAAGAACUUAAAAAAAAAAUAUUCCAUGAAAUCUGCUUGGCUUUCAGCCAUGAUGUAGAACCAAACCUUUAAUAAAAAAAACAAAACCAAACCCAGACAACAAACCAAACAACCACAAUCAGAGUUCUUCUCCACUCUCUAUUAAAUGAAAAACAACAACAACAGUGUCUUCAAUUAUUUGGUGUUCAGUGUUGCUUACUUUGAAAUUAUGAGAGAUUUUCUUUGCAGGAUCUGUUACUCUGGUUUUACGCGGUGUGGGGAAGGUGAGGGGAUUACUCAGUGUGUGUAUUUGUUUUUAGUCAAGUGCAACAGUUGGUGUAGAAAUUCAGAAAAACCGUAUUCUGAGAAAAGGGACUGGGGGAGGGGAGGCAGGGGAAGAACUUUGACAUUUUACCACGGUUGAAGAGAAUACAGUUACUUUUUGUGGCUUCAGGGACUGAAGGAGGGACAGAAUUAACUGCAUAAACAAUGAUAUGACUCACCAUUUAGAAAAUUAAAUUAAAACCCUUUAAAAAUAAUUAAAGUAUUCUUUAUCUGUGCUACGUCUUUGAACAGAGAAAUCAGGAAGGAUUGUGCUGGCUCACAAGCACGGGAAAUGGAGCAGAUCAGGCACACCCAUGUUAUCUGACCCCAGCCCUGGCUAAUCUUCAGAGGAAGGUGGAGUGGAAAGCAAAAGUCCUGCUGAGGGGGUUUUGCCUUUAUAAGGCCCAAACUUACCAAUUAGUUUAUC